UGAGACCAAAUACUCCAGGGUCGAGUACUUGGGGCGCAUGCGGCAACCUUCUCUUAGAUCUCGCGAUGGUUCGUCUUCCCGGAAGCAAAGGCGAACCUUCCUCGGUAACGGCGUCAAGAUGUGUGGGGACUGUGUGGAGAAGGAAUAUCCCAACCGGGGUAACAUCUGCCUGGAGAAUGGAUCUUUCUUGCUGAACUUUACAGGCUGUGCAGUGUGCAGUAAGCGGGAUUUUAUGCUGAUCACAAACAAAUCUUCCAAAGAGGAAGAUGGAGAAGAAAUAGUUACUUAUGAUCAUCUGUGUAAGAAUUGUCAUCACGUAGUAGCCAGACAUGAGUAUACAUUCAGUAUCAUGGAUGAAUUUCAGGAGUAUACCAUGCUGUGUCUGUUAUGUGGCAAAGCUGAAGACACCAUCAGUAUUCUCCCUGAUGAUCCCCGACAAAUGACUCUCUUAUUCUAAAGAUCUCUCUGCAGUUCUGUUUUAACUAUGUUGUGUUGGUUUACAAUACAGCAAGCCUGAUGGUUUGUCUUAGUUUAUAAUGGAAAUUAUUUGCUUUUCUUUCUGCUUAGACUUACCUAUUUUUUGAAAGUAGUUCAGGUGAUUGCUGGUCUUUAGAGCCGAGCUCUUCUGAUAAUGUUCCCAGUUCACAUCAGUGCAGCCAGAAUGAAGCAACUUUGUUAGCAGUUAUGUGGCUAAAAAAAUUACUAGGAUAGGAGAAGACCUGGUGGCCAAUAACAAGGCUGAUUUUAGGACUGGGGCACUAAAUAUACAAGAUGAGCUUAGAGCAUCUUAUACCACAAAAAAAAGAAGUGCUCCCUCCAAAAAUCACAAUGAUUGGGAGUAUGCAAAGGGAUGUGAGUCAACUGAUUGAAACCCCAGUGACCAAAGCUGGAACAGUUUGAGCAACAAAGUAAAGUAGUAUUGGAUUAUAACCCAAACUAGAAAUAUCCAUGAUUCUAUGCUGAUGUAAAUAAAUGAUUGAGUAAAAUACAGAAAUUGGAGAGGAUAAAUCUUCCGUGCAGAAGAAUUUCAAGUAAUAUAUGUAAAUACCCCCAUUCCUUAAGUAUGGGUUGUACAUAGCAUCUUCUUUACAGAGAGUAGAAUGGGAAGAGGGAAAGUAACUUUGCAGUGGAGAAUCCUGACAAAACUGAGCUCAGCCAGGUGACCAAGAUUAACAUCCUUGAUGAUAAGCCAUGUUGAUAGUAUGUACCCUUGAUAUGAGUGAGGAGAGGGCACUUGACCUUUGUGGUCUUCCUCCCAAAAACUUACAAUCCAUCUAAUCAUGAGAAAAACAUCAGGUAAAUCCCAGAUGAGGGCCAGUCCACAAAAUAGCUGACCAGUGCUCCUCAAAACUCUCAAGGUCAUCAAAGACAAGUAAGGCUGAGAAGCUCUCACAGCCAAAAAGAGCCUAAGGAGACAUAACAACUAAAUGUAAUGAGGUAUCCUGGGUAGGAUUCUGGGGCAAAAAGGACAUCUUGUUAUAAUUAGGGAAGUCUGAAAAAAGUGGGAACUUUAGUUAGUUAAAUAGAUAAAUAGAAUGAUUUCAGUUGCUCCAAAAAGAUCUUGGAAAAUCUUACCUUGCAUAGUUGAAAGAACACUGACUUGGGUGUCACAAACCCUGGCAUUUGGGCUUCUCUGCCAUUUGGUAGCAGUAUAACCAUUAGGCAAAGCAUUACUCCAGACUUUAUUGUCCCAUUUCUGUAAAAAUCAGGCUAAUAAAAAUUGAUAUAUAUUUCCUUCACAGUACUGUUAAAAUGUCCAAAUGAACAAUGAAUGUAAAAUGCUUUGGAAAGCAUGUAAAGUAUUAGAUACAGUGAGCUGGUUUCAGUUAGUUCUUCGCAUUCUGAUAUCAAAACUUAAAAGGCCAGGCAUUAGAAAUAAAAUCAUUUCCUCUUCAUAUCUAAGAGAUUUGGAACUAAGAUUCUGAACUAAGUCUUUGCUUAUGGGAAAAAAAGUGAGCAAAGUGUUCCUUCUUGAUACGAAGGAAAUGCUUUGUUACAUAAUAGGAAUAAUGGCAGUGGAGGUUUAUUGAGUACUUACUGUGUACCAAGGCCUUUUUAAGCACUUACUUAAUCCUCAUUAACAACUCCAUGAAGUAGGUACUGUUGUUACUCCAAUUUUACAGCCAAAGGAACUAAGGCACAAAGAAGUUAAGGAACUUACUCAAGGUCACAAAGCUAGUUAAGUACAGUGACUCCCUCUCAAUAAUAGUGUUGAGUACACUAAAGUAAAAGGGUCUGGCAAGGUUAGGGAGAAAUUGAGACUCUCAGUGCCAGCACUCGGAGGAAUCUAGGCAUGUUAAACCAGUAUCCUUAGGCAUCAGUUGUUUUAUUCCUGGAAAAAGUUUUCCACUUUUCUGCAAACCUUUGUCUGACCUACUGAGAAUAUCGUUUGGUGAAAUGAAUCCACAAAGCAGAGAAAAUGUUUAAUUACUUUAAGUAACAGCACUAAGCCUAUUAUACCCUCUGAAUUGUUCCUUCUUGGAGUUUGCUAAUGCUUCCAACUUAGGCAUUUGGAGCUCCAGAGUACGAUUUUAUGUGCCCCUACUGAUACCCUCUUCUAUGGCAGAUUGUAUAAUUAUCUCUUUUGGACUAUACAUAUUAAAACUUUAAAACAUGAA